AUGGACUCAGAAGCUCCUCUACUCGCACUGAUAUCACAAUUCGAACAUUAUAAGCUUUGUGAAAGAAUGACUGUCAGGUGGCAACACUGGAAGAUUGCUUUACUCAAUGAUUGGAAGCUUCCAGGAAAAGAUAAGUUGUGGAUUUCAGAUGAAAAUCACUUCGAACUUUCCCUCAACAUUGUCACUUCAGAAAAAAGAAAAGAAAAACUGCUUAAACUGAUUUGUUUAACUUAA